UGGAGAGGGAACAAAGGCGUCACAGGAGGUUCCUCUACAACAGAACGACGAGAAAAACAAUCUCAAUCUCGGCGGUCGUGUAGCUGAUUCUUCUUCAUCAGCUAUCUUGAAUACUCAGCUAGAACACAUUGCUGCGAAUCCGUUUGAAGCUUAUUUGCCCUCCCUCGACGCCAAUGGCUACAUGCUGGCUCUGCGAGCAAUAACUGAGUCCCUGGCUGAUGACAUGGAGCUUUUUUACGCUAGGGUGCUGUUGGGUUACGAUGGAGAGAGGUUGGAUCCGGGUAGUAUUGAAGGAGAAGGGGAAAAAAGUACUCCAGAUACCGAAGGCGAAAGUGUAGAGGAUGGAACUGCAGAGCGUGAUCGUGAAACGAAAGCAUUAAGUUCAUCUAGUACAACUGACGACCCUUUCGCCACCCUAGACCCGAAGGUUGCAGCAGCAAACCUAGAGGAAGAGGAAGCAGUGUCUAUAAAACAAAACUUUUGGGAUGUUGAGAUUAGCGAGUUGCUGUCUUUGCGAGGAGAUCCGGAAAGAUUUCGUUAUGAUGGAAAUUUCUGCUAUCAUCAUUCAAUAAAGCAUAAUAUUUACAUUCACAAACCUUAACCUUGAUGACAUACUAGUUAUGAAAAUUAUCGAUAGGCAUCAUGAACAUUAUUGGUAUAAUUCGUCAUCUUCCUUCUAUCACAGCCCAUGCUUCUACUCUCAAGAAUAGACAACAACGUCUUCCACCUCGUCAUCAUCCACAUCACAUUCUCUAAUCCUCAAAGCUCGCUUUCAAGAUCAUGCACUUCUACCAGCUUCCGAAAGACGCAGGAGCGGUUGAGGAUUUCCUAGAGUUGAAUUGGGACAGAUCGCUUAAGUUCCUCAUAGGCAAAGGCACGGCGCUUGAUUUGUCGAAAAGCGACUUGGCUUUAUGAGAUUUUCCUGGGAAUGAUAGUCAAUUAGCGAUAGCGAAGAGCAGUAUAAUGACAGCAGGAUACAAUGGAUGCUGAUGGAAUUGGAAAAUUGAGCUCAACUCUGUUGAGAUCUGUUCUAUCUUUUCUUUAUCCUUCCGCACUGAAUCGUGUGCGUGGAAGACCCUUCCAUCCUACCACUCCAUUUGAAGCCUACCACCUCCUUUCAUACCUCGCCUUUCUCCGAGGCCACAUUGAGCGGGUGAUUGCAAAUCGUGAAGAAAAUCGUGGACGCAUUUGGCAGCAUGAUAACAUUAAGGGUAGGUUAAAGGUUAAGCUUUUGUUACCGUUUGUUAUGGCUCUCUCCCUUAGGAGGUGGGGACAGCCAUAUUAACAAGCGGGACAAACGAACACCAAAAUAAGCCUGCCUUUAAUAGCAACAGCAGUUCUGCCACGUCAGCUUGGUACUCUUUGGCUGAGGACUUUCUCUACGACAACUCUCCACUACCUAGUGAGGUCGUGGACGAAAGGAAUAUGGAUUUUCCUUUAGAGAAGAUGGGCCCGCAGAUGGCGCAACUGCUGGAUUUGGUGUUCGGAGGGGAUACUACCGGUACCCAUAGUAAGGGCCAUGGUUCUUUAGGUGAACAAGAUGAAGGAGAAAUAGAGGAGAUUGGUGGAAAAGGUGAAGUUGAUGAUUUCGAAGCGGAUGCUGUCGUGAGUGAAGAGGGCAUGGAUGCUGUCGGGAGUGACGAGGGUGAGAUGCAAGGAUCUUCGAAAUCUCCUGCUGAAAGCGAAGUAGAAAAGUCUCCUGUUAAUACAGCAGCUAGUACUGCGGAUGGGGAAAAGCAAAAGGCCCCAAGCGAUGCUGCAGGAACAUCAAAGGAACAACCAAAAACAAAAACUUCUACAACAGAAAAUCCAUCUACCACGUCGACACAAAACGAAGCUGAAACAAGCAGCAUGAAGGGGAUAAAGGAGGACGUCGAAGAGUCAUCUCCUCUUCAUAAAGCCGGUGAGAGUUCCAGUAGCACUGCUGAGACGGAGAACGAUGCAACUUCUACUGAUCCCUCUACCUCCUCCACCAAAGAUUUUUCUACUUCUAGUUCUGCCAGCGCCACCUCUGGACAAAAGCCUCAAGGAGAGACUUCAACUACCAUCACAGAGACAGACUUCAACUUCCAAGGAGAGCACUUUCAGCAUUUUCUCUACGCUUUGGAGAAAAUUGGUCUCAGGACCUGGCUAAAAAGCGAAAACAUGUCUGCGGAAUUGGAGGCGAAGUUUCCUCGUGGUCACGAAAAGACUACCUCAAAAAACAUAGUAGAUGCGUUGAUGGAAGAGAACCAAGGUUCUGAGCCUUCUCACGGGGGGGCCGAUACCGCUGCGUGGGGUUUCAAUACUUCUAAACUACUCUCUGGGGGUGGAAGAAAAACAAGAAACAACAGGAGAAUCAUAUCUCCCAGUCUUCAGUCUGCUAUCACGUCUGCGAACUUUAUGCUUCGUUGCGCUAGUAGAGGAAAGACGAACUUACUGGAGUUUGAGGCCUGUGACCCUUACAAAUUGCUUCACGAUAUUCCAACACUCACGUAUGAACAAGAGCUAGCACAAGACGCAUCCGCGAUGCCUCCUCUGGUACCUGACAACGUCGUAUCUCAAAUGCUACAAAGCUGUGUACUUGGACAAGUAGGUGGACUAGGUUCCUCGUCUUCAGGGGAACAAGGUCAAGGUGUAGGAGCUGGACUCGGAGGACAAGGUAAUCAAGAAUCAGCAGCCUACAACCCCGCAAACAACAACAACAACAACCUUAACGACCCCAGUCUUUCUAGCAAUUCAUCUCGACACGCUGCUACAGUUAGAGAAGUGAUCGAAGCUGAGAUGGAAUUUCAAAAGAAUGCAGGUCCUUUAGAAUGGUCGCCAGAAGAUGGCGAGUUCAAAUGGAAAGUGCCUGAAAACGUAAUCUACAAUCCGCAAAGGCAGACCUACGUGAAACAACAGAAGUUAUGAGGACUGAGAAUCAGUGAGUGUGGUCAGUACUAAGUCUAAGUGAAAAUAGCGUAAACAAGUGAUGUUAAUGAAGAGAAUAGAUGAUCACUAUCACCAUGGCUCCGAUCCUCCUGUCAACUUUUUCCUUUGAUGCUCUUCCUCUUUCAUCUAAAUCGAGGACCUCCGCCCCUAUUUCUACUUUCUAAUCACCGGCUCCGACCCUCUCCUGAAACUUAGUUCGUUUCGGCAAGUGCAAGUGCAAUUAUCCCGCAUGGCCUCGAUGACGGGGGCGGGGAGGGUGUUUUAUUGGCGAUCUUUGAUGCUGGUCGGCAAUGGGCGUGGGAUUUAUGGAUUUGGUGUGGGAUUUGGUAUGGACAUAUCGUCCGCGAAGAAAGAAGGAGUGAGCAAGGUACUAAUCUAAGUACUUCUUUUGUGGAGCAUUGAUAGUGAAGAAGGAGUGAGCAAGGUACUAAUCUAAGUACUUCUUUUGUUAAGCAUUGAUAGUGAAGAAGGAGUGAGCAAGGUACUUACUUACUUCUACUCCGGGUAGCAUCUCUAUUUCAGUAAAUUAGCAUCCCUAGGCCUAGGAUGAUCCCAGUAAGAAAAUCUCAGCUAAAAACUUGAACUUCGUCGAACUCGAAUCAUGUCAGAACCUUCUACAACAGCUUCACCACACAUAUUCAGAACUAGUACAUCAGCUUCACCACACAAAGUUCACACAGGCACUCCAGCGUUUAGAUCACAUCGACUUGGAUGAAGGAAGGGUCUUGACCACUCCUGUGCGUGGCCGUGAGUACGGUCAGUGGUGUACCAUUCAUCCUCGCGCUAUUGGCCGUGGCUUGCAGUGCAAUAAAAAGUUCUUGCCAUUGAUGUAUCUUUAUGUUGAAAUGGCAAAUGAAUCAUACUAGCAGCUAUAGAAGGAGAUUAAUAGAAUCAUCCUGGUGCUCGUCUGGCGUUUGAAACGAUUGUAUUAAGAUUGUAAAGAGGAGGGCCUUGAUCUGCUUCUACAUGUUCUAACAGCAUUAUUGCGACUGGAGAACAAAUACAAAACUAUCUUCUACAUCCACUUCGGCUUCGGGUUGAAGUUGAUUCAUCUAUGAUGAACGAUUAUCAUCCACAUCCCUCGUUCACCCAGCAACAUCCCACUUACAGACUUCCUCUUUCAUCACUCCCUUGGCCUCGACAACUGCAAAAUCGGCUUCAGAGGAUCACAGUGGUUCACACGCGUGAGGGCUAUUAGACGCGCUUUGGAAGGCAUGUAUUCCAGGAAGACCAUGGCAAAUGCGACUGGUCAGAGAUUAUGGCCGGCUUUUCUUCAUCUCACUCAGCAUCUUGGCACCCUUUUAGGCUGUAUCUUGGCUCCUAUCUUUACACCCAAAUUUCAUCAAUUUAGUACAAGGGUAAAGGUUUCUGCCUCCUGCUCCUGUAUUCAUCCCAUGAAGUACAACAAGGGUAGAGGCAUCAAGAUGGGGCGGGGGUUGUAUAAUUACCAGGAACAAGUACAACAACAAGGGUAAUCAAGAACUCAAGAACAAGAAAGAGGCGAGAUGAAUUCUAGCACACGCUAAAGAGAUAUGCGCUGUUAACGGCGCCUGGAGAUCACUGGAUGCACUGGCCUGAUCGAUGGUUUGAUCCAAUCCGCGAAUCCUACAUUGCGAAAGUGAAAGCGGCGAAAUUGAAAAGGAGACAAAUGUUGCAAUUUAUGAUCAUACGGACAUAUCGAUAUCUUAAAGUUAAACAUGAACGAAUGUCUAGACGCUAUUCAAGAAACUCUACGCUAUUCAAGAAUCUGUGUAAUAGGUAGUUGAGGAUAUUAAAAGUUUUUGUUCCACCCCGAUCGAAUCGUGAGAAGUACUUUUUAGUUACUUAGACCGUAAGUACUUAACAAUAAUUCAUUGACCUCGAGGACAAGUUUCCUCAUCUUCAAAGACACUGACUUUGACAAGUGAGUUUGUUCCAUAAUAAAUAUUCGCCCUACAACUAUCACAGAAUUCCACCUUGUUCCCCUACCUCCUUUCGGCACCUUCAUCCACCGGCGCAAGAAGGGCAAUGUUAUCGCGCAUCAAGGCGAGCUUAAACCUGGUUGGACGAAGUACGCUUGGCUUCCACCAAUUCAAAAAUGGAUACAGAAGGACGUGGAGGCUAACCAAUACCUCUUCAACGUCAAAGAUGCUCUUACCACUCGCAUGUUUAAUAAUGAUUACGGUUAAAAACAUAAACAAGGAUAUUUUUAACGUGAAGUAGAACCCAGCAUCUUGUUUUGGUCCUUUUCCACACACUUGAAGAGCACGUUUUCAUGAAGAACUUGAAAACACGAUGUAAAAACGACUUCAAGAACGACUACUGAAACAAGAUCCCUUCGACUACGACUGAAACAUGUUCUUCUGGAACCAAGAUCCGUUCUUGUCGGCACUACUUCUAAAAAGACUUGACGAGCUCACCUGACAAGGUAGCUCAACGACUUGUGGAGGACGGCAGUUGGACCUGUACUAGCUGUGGGUUUCGCAACUUCAGCGAACGAAGAAGCUGCUUCAAGUGCGGCGCGUCUGCAUCUGCGGGAGCUGCUGAGGUGCAAGCUGCCUCCUCGUGAGGUCCUGGCUAUCUAACUACUUCGCAGAAUUUUUAGCAGUUGUAGUUGUAGGCAUACAAGAACAAAAAGAACAAUGUUGAAUAUGAUCAAUUAUGCUUGUUAGAGAAUACAGAGAUACAACACAUAAUACGAAACAGUAAAACAAGUUGAAGUUCUUCAUCAUUUUUGCCGACAAGAAUGAU